GCAGAAGGUGCCUUUUUCAGUACUUUACAAACACCUGUCAACAAUUGGAAGAUGAAGUUUGGGAAGAGCAUCUGUAUCCUUAAUGUGGGUGGCACAAAAUAUGCGUUCCCUAAGGAUGUGAUAAAGGAUUUCCCUCUGAGCAGAGUGAGCCGUUUGCACAAAUGCGCAUCGGAGAAAGAAGUACUGGAAGUGUGUGACGACUAUGAUCGGGAACGGAAUGAGUUUUUCUUCGAUAGGCACUCCGAGGCUUUUUGUUUCAUCAUGCUAUACGUGAAGUACGGGAAGCUACGGUUCGUCCCGCAGAUGUGCGAGCUGUCAUUCUAUAACGAGAUGAUUUACUGGGGGCUGGAGAGCUCACACUUGGAGUUUUGCUGCCAGCGGAGACUGGACAAUAAGAUGUCCGAGUCGUACAUUCAUUUCUCCGAGGAGGAAGUCAAACUCGAGGAAGAGUUGAAGGGCGAGAAUUUGGUGACUCGCGUGGUCACGGAGAGAGAGGGGUCCAAGUGGCUGGAGAGAAUGAGAAGUACUUUUGAGGAGCCGACUUCAUCAGUCGCAGCACAAAUCCUGGCCUCAGUGUCCGUUAUAUUUGUUUUAGUGUCCAUGGUGAUGCUUUGUGUGAGUACUUUGCCAGAUUGGAAAACCGCUGAGAACAACAGCGUUGAGGAACACCGGUACAAUCCAGACUCGUUAGAGCAUCCAUCCGGGAUCAUCGAGGCUGUGUGUAUCGGCUGGUUCACCGCUGAGUGCAUUGUGCGCUUCAUCGUGUCGCGGGACAAGUGUGAGUUUGUCAAACGGCCCCUCAACAUCAUCGACCUACUGGCCAUUACACCCUACUACAUCUCCAUCUCCAUGACGAUGCUGACAGGGGAGAACUCCCAGCUUCAGCGGGCGGGCGUCACCCUGCGUGUUCUGCGCAUGAUGCGCAUCUUCUGGGUGAUCAAGCUGGCCCGACACUUCCUGGGCUUGCAGACUCUGGGGCUAACGCUGAGUCGCUGCUACCGGGAAAUGGUGAUGCUGUUGCUGUUUAUCUGCGUGCCUAUGGCCAUCUUCAGUGCUCUAGCCCAGCUGCUGGAGCAUGGCCUGGACCUGGAGUCACCGAAUGAGGACUACGCCAGCAUCCCUGCCGCCUGCUGGUGGGUUAUUAUCUCCAUGACCACUGUGGGCUAUGGAGACAUGUACCCCAUCACUGUGCCUGGGCGAGUGCUGGGUGGCCUGUGCGUGGUGAGCGGCAUCGUGCUCCUGGCACUGCCCAUCACCUUCAUCUACCACAGCUUCGUGCAGUGCUACCAUGAGCUCAAGUUCCGCUCGGCCCGCUGCACGCGGAGCCUGUCCGCAGAGUUUCUCGACUGAGGGAUCCCUGAUGUCGCUACUCCCCCUGACAACUCUUCACCCCCUGACAACUCUUCAGAGACCUCCAUCCACCCUGGAAGUGUGCAUCGAUCGGAAACAUGGCCUCUAUCAUUGGUCUCACACUUUAUUUAACAUAUUUUGUUGAUAUAUCCCUCGUCUUGGAACAUCAGUAUGAGGGGUUAUGUGUUUUGAGGUUUGCAUAUAGUACAGCCUUCUUCAAUAGUCAAUUCCAAAUAGGAAGUAACGGAACCCGAUGGGGACAAGGACUGUUUCCACGGCUGCCAUGGUGACAGUGGUGUUCGGGGCAGAUGUCCCUGACAGGAUGUCAUCGUUGGAGGGCAGCUGGAUUGUGUCAGACCAGACAGAGGCCUUCAUAUUACUGUGGAUUAUACAGAAUUUAGCCAGUCUCACAGUACAACCUUCUUCUCACAUGGCGACAUGCCACAAACUAGAUUUGAGUUUUAAUGCAAUUUUCAAUCCCACACUUCUGGCAAUGUCACAGUGUGAGGAUGGAAGGUAACAUUUCUCUUCUCUUUCAUCAAUCAUUUAUUUCUAGUGUUCCUGUGGCCAGUCAGUGAACAACAAUGCAUUACCAAGAACCAAAGCGUGUGAGUACAGUGAACACUGUUCCCUUUAAUCUUUCACUUCAACGCUCACGCUACCCCUUUUAUUUUGCGUAGGCAAACCUGACAAAUAUAAAAACACAACACUUUGUGAAUUUGAAUGAGCCCAUUUACAACUCAAACAAGGUCAUAUUCUAAACCUAUUAACCAUUCCACCUGAAAGCCAAACCAAUGCAAAGUGGUUUUGAAAGGUAUUUUUUUCCGCAGAAACCAAGAGAGGGGGUGGGAGGGGUUGAACAAGAAAGAGUACAGUACCGUAUGGGUCUGUCAGCUCAGCUGUGUAGGCAGGUCUUUAAUGUGGAACACGGAGCCACAGAGCGAGAGUGUGUCAUGGAGAUACUGGUGGUUCGGCUGACAUCACACAGUGCAGUAAAGGAGAGGGCAUGUCUGCCUCAGCCUCGUGAGCGCUGCGGGUCUUCUGACUGGAGGAGUGGAACCAGUUGUGGCUGGUGUCAAAACCUUGGGAGCCUCUUCCUGUCACAACAAAGGCACUCGGCACAACCACCACAGCCUUGGUAGGCACUCCUCUCAAUGUUGUUGUCUGGCCCACCCGCUUCUCCUCGACACUCUGUCGACGCCAUGUUUGGGUGGCUUGUGUGACGCAUUCGGCCUCCUUUCCUGCCAGAGUGCAUUUGGGUGCCUCUGAAAAGCUUUUAUCAUGCCUUCACUAAUUUCUUUCGUGGGGAAUUGGGAAUGGGGUCAUCGUGUGUUCUCUUCAUAUCAGCCGGCUUCAGGCUACACUACCUGUUAUCACUAACGAGCACCAUCUCUGUUUUCCCCAGAUUGUGCAUAGAUGUGUUUGCUCUAGGACUGGGUUUUCGUGUUCGCUAACAGAAUCUGUAAAUGUAAUAUUGUAAAGGGUUUGCUCUCUGAAAAAAACCCAAUCUGUUCUUGACCUCAUUUUAUCUGAAUUCUAUUUUCAACCAAAGCAGUUUUAUAUCUUCCAGAAGCACUUUUUAUAGUAGGAGCAGAAAAUGAAAGUUCAUCAAGGUAAUGAUUAAUGUAUAUGAGUGUUAUUGUCAGAGUGCUCUAUUUGAUGUGAUAGAUAUUGACUGCCGGGACUCAUAGUCUAAUUGUACUAGUGACGCUGGUUCUUUUGACACAGAUUUAGUUCCUUUGCUUUGUCCUCAGUGUUAUAGUUUCCACUAGCUGCAGACAGCCCCAUCUGCUCUCUCUGAUCUACCCCCGCUUUCACUUGGCUGUUUUCCAAACCUAGUAGUCACAAUGCUUUAACUGUGUGGAAUGUUGAUAGGAUAAGAUUGAUUAAAAUUGUUAUUUCAGAACUUUGGGCAUCAGGGUCUUGGAAGAAGAGAAGGCUUGACUAGACUUAAUCGACUUUGAAAAUGUUAGAUUUGCAUUUAUAUUAGUAUGCAGGAUGGUGUUGUUCAGAGGUAUUGGAAGAAUUGUAUUGCAAGAGCCUGUCAUCUAAGCACUCUUUCCUAUUCUCACUACAACUUCCCUGGAGGAAAACCAAUUUCAUUAAAACUUCAACAACUUCCAACAGGGGGAGUUUGCAAUUCCAACGGCCCUAAUAUCUCUAUGCCGACGAUGAACUCAAACCAACAGGUGCAAUAUCACACCAAAGAGCCUGAGAGUAAACAACUUAAGUAUUCACUUUGAGAAUGUGAGCAAACAAUGAGAUUUGAACGAGAAGGGAGCUGGCAGAAAUAUGUCGCCUAUCUCUGUAAGAGCCUCCUUACCAACAGAAAUCAUUUCCUAUCACUUACUCUUGUCAUCCUUCACACGACAAACAUGGUAUAUUAUCUCUGCUCUGGUUUAUAAACUCAUAGAAAGUCACAUUGCUCCACAGCAAUUAGGACUUGUAUAUCUGACCAGCCUACUUUUCCUUGACAUAAAUCCACAUCAAUCAGAUCUCCCUGGAUUCUACUCCAAUUUAGUGAAAAAUUUCCACCUAUUCAUCAGGGAUUCUAACUGCUACAGGGGUAACUGAGACUCUUAACCAUUGAUGGGACCACAAGCUGGAGAUUCUCUAACCAUAUUCUGUCCCUCUUCUUCUUUGUCUAUCUUUCUGUCUGCCUGGCUCUUUUUUUAAAUUUCCCUCUCUCUCACAUACACACACACACACACACACACACACACACACACACACACACACACACACACACACACACACACACACACACACACACACACACACACACACACACACACACACACACACACACUCUCUCACACACACA